CUGUAUUGCAUGUUACGUCUUCUCCGGUGACAGGCCCGUUCGCCAAUGAGGAACAGAUCCCAAUGACUAUCGAGGAUUCUUCCAAGCUGUAUGGGCCUGAGGAUUCGUCUUUUGACUUUGCGGGAAACUUCGAUUUCGGGACUCUCACUAGCCAACGAUUAGUUCAAUUUGAAGAUGGUCUCGUCCAGUCGAUGACCGAAUGGGAAAAGAUCCAAGCAUGGGCAAGCGGUCUCAAGUUCUUCGAUAUUACGGAAACACCGAAUCUGGGAACAGUCAGCGGACUUCGUCGCAAACACGUCUACCCCGAGAUCUCUAGCGCAGAUGAGAAAGUCACGAAAGUAAUCAAGACGCUCUCCACGGAUCUGCCCUCCCGUAUUCUUGAAGAAUUUACUAGUUUCUACACAAGAUAUUAUACAAGCAAGACUGGUCAUGACAGUGCGCUGUGGCUGGCUUCGAAGAUAGCUGAGGUCACAGAAGCGAAUGCUCCGAAAGGGCUUCGAGAACGCAUCACGCAGACUACAUUUCCGCAUUCAUGGGGACAACAGUCUAUCAUUGUGCGCAUCAACGGAUCCUCGCCGACCGACGAUGGAGUUAUUAUCAUGAGCUCUCACAUUGACAGCGCGAACUUUGUUCCUUGGAUGCGAGCUCCUGGUGCUGAUGACGAUGGUUCUGGAACUGUGACUAUCCUCGAAGCAUACCGUGCGCUACUUGCCGCAGACUUUCACCCCCUAGAAAACGUCGAGUUUCACUGGUAUUCUGCGGAGGAGGCAGGCCUCUUAGGAUCGCAGGCGGUGGCGCACGCUUAUGAGGUCCAAGGGGUCAAUGUUCUCGCACAGAUCCAGUUCGAUAUGACGGCCUGGAUCAUGAAAGGGACCCGAGAGGAAUUCGGCAUCAUUAAAGACCAGUGGAUUGACGAGAGCUUGACCGAAUUCAACAAGAAGCUCGUCGAGACCUACCUUGAUAUACCUUGGGUAGAAACAACUUGCGGCUACGCAUGCAGUGAUCAUGCACCAUGGAACAAAGCAAAGUAUCCCUCCUCGUUCGUAGCUGAGGGCACAUUCGAGAACUGGAAUCGUGCAAACGCGCACAGGGCAUACGACGCGAUCGACAUCUCGGAUGAAUUCAGCUGGUCACACCUACUUCAAUUCUCAAAGAUGGCCGUCGCAUGGGCGAUCGAGUUAGGAGGAUGGGAGACAAGUACCUGACGAGAUGCCUAGUAUUAGUUGAAUGCUUACUGGAUGUCUGCCACUUGAUGU